GAAGAAGAAGAAGAAGAAGAAGUGUUUCCGUUAAGAUGGCUGUCGGUGCCUUCCCCAUCGCCAAGCUCCUCUACCUCGGUGUACGGCAGCUCAGCAAGCCCGUGGCCAACAAGCUCAAGGCUGGGGCUCUCCGGAGCGAGUUCUUCAAGACAUAUGUUUGUCUUCCACCGGGACAGAUUUACCACUGGGUGGAGAUGAGGACCAAGAUGAGGAUCAUGGGUUUUCGGGGUUCCACCAUCAAGCCCCUGAACGAGGAGGCGGCAGCAGAGCUGGGUGCAGAGCUGCUGGGGGAGGCCAUCAUCUUCAUCGUCGGAGGAGGGUGUAUGAUCCUAGAGUACAGUAGACAGGCGGCCAACUCUAAGAGGAAGGAAGAAGAGCUGAGUCACACCAUUGGCAGUCUGCAGACACAGAUCGGAGAGCUGACCUUGAACGCAGAGACACUGGACGCCAGGCUAAGAGAGGUCAACAGGUUGCUGCUCUCCUUACCACCUCCAACCCAGGCACCGUCUGCUCCUGCUACCACGCAACUUCCUGUUUCGGAUCCUGCUACCACUCUGGCUUCCUCUUCUGUGGAUCCCAGUCAAAAGAAGUGAUACAAUGUGUAAUUUCUGAAAUAGCCUGGUGGUCGCCAGAUCUGUUUUGUCUUUAGCCAAGUUCUCGCUCAUGUCAUAACUAGCCUUUUUCAUAUCUGGCUCUCUCAAUGUAGUGUUGUCAGACGAAACUAAAGUCCUAUACACACACACACUCUGCAAACGGAGCGACGGAGAUUUGUUUGUAUUGAUUCCUGCUUGCUUUUGUGAGGCAGAAUUUUUGGAAUGGACCGUAUACGCCGCUCUGUUUGAGUCGUAUGUUUGUGUGUGUAGAGUCCUUUCCGUCUAGGUUAUGAUGCCACACGAUUCAGUUGUUGGCUAAAACAGACACAGAUCUCUGUCCACCAGGUUAUGUCUGUUAAUGAAAGGACUGUGAAGCUUAUCGUAUGCUUCCCAGAUGAAACAGUUUGUGCAUAUAUUAUGAUGUUUGCUUCGGUCUUUGGCAGGGUUUUUUUUUAUUUUUUGGGGGGGGUGUUAAUUUUUAUUCUUGAGGCAAGUCUAUGUUCGGUACUCCUAGUAGUAGUACCUCCUACCAGUAGUAGUACCUCUACCAGUAGUAGUACCUCUACCAGUAGUAGUACCUCUACCAGUAGUAGUACCUCCUACCAGUAG